CGUAAACUGACCUCCAGAGAGCAUUCACCCCGUUUUCGCAGCAUACACUCCCUCCACCUUCAGCAUACAUCCCCACGUCCCUCAGCCAUCAGACGUCUUCGUCCGCGUACGCUUUUAUCAUGUCGACAGCUGAAAUGGGCAUGGUGGAAAUGCCGGAGAUGACAGAGAAUCAAGAAGGUCUUUUAGAGGGUGUAAAGCAAGAGGUUGGAGGACAAGUGCAGGAGGGUCGGCGGAGACAGAAGUGGACGGAGGAGGAGACGAAUGAUCUGUUGAGGGGGAUAUUGACUUACGGGUGUGGAAACUGGAAGAAAAUCUUGGUGGAUAGACGAUUCAAUUUCGCCAACAGAAGUCCGAUAGACCUGAAAGACCGCUUCCGCACAGUCUUUCCCGAAGACUACUGCCGCCUCUACCCCAACGCCCGAACCCACGCCAACCGCGGCCAAAAGACCCCGAAGCAUAUCGAGAUUGAGAAGGUUUGCAGGAAGGAGCGCCAAGCAUUUACACUGGAAGAGGACGCAAGACUCAUGGAAGGUUUCCGCACGCACGGAGCCUCAUGGUCCAAAAUCCAGAAAGACCCGCGUCUGGGAUUCUCAACUCGACGGAGUACAGACCUUCGUGACAGGUAUGUCCACCCACUCUCCUCUCUCACCCAUAAUCCCGUGUAACCCUCUUUAAUACAGAUUCCGCAACGCCUUCCCAGAUAAAUACGCCGCAGCAGGUUUCAAACCCCGCCCACCACGACCAGGCUGCACCUCCCGA